UGCCAAAACGAUGAUUUCGCACAAACAUUGCUAUAUUCUGAAAUGCCAAAAUAUUAUACCUGGAAUCAAUCCUCAAGGAGAUUUAUACGACGGAAACAAGGAAAACCAGUUCCAGGAUAUACAGAUGUAUAUUCCACCGAUGCGAUUGGCCGGAUUUAUUCAGUACAUCCAAGCAAUGAUGAAUGUUUUUAUUUACGACUGCUAUUAGUCAAUGUACGUGGCGCAACAUCAUUCCAACAGUUACGAACUGUUGAUGGUGAAUUGUGUGGAUCCUACAGAGAAGCCUGUCAACGUUUGCAAUUACUUGAAAAUGACGCUCAUUGGGAUCAAACUCUCAAUGAUGCUGUAAUAUCAUCACACGCUCAUCAAAUACGAACAUUGUUUUCUAUAAUCAUAUCUACAUGCUUCCCAUCAAACCCAAUUGAUUUGUGGAUCAAGUACAAAGAUUAUAUGUGUGAUGAUAUUUUGUAUCAAAUACGGAAUAGAAUGGGAAAUCCAAAUAUACAAAUCAGUGAAGAAAUUUACAAUGAAGCAUUGAUUUCAAUUGAGGACAUGUGCUUGAUAAUGUCAAACAAACUAUUAAUUCAAUUAGGCCUGACGGCGCCCAAUCGUCCAAUGCAUGACGCUUUUAACCAAGAGUUGCAUCGAGAAAGACUGUAUGAUCUCAACGCUUUGAAAGAAUUAAUUCAAACAAAUCUUCCACUGUUAAAUGAACAACAGAAGUAUGUAUUUGAAACUCUUAUGAAAGUAACAAAUGAUGAAACUGGAGGAAUUUACUUCUUAGAUGCACCUGGUGGUACAGGAAAAACUUUUUUGAUUUCAUUAAUAUUAGCAACAAUUCGCUCACAAAAUAAAAUUGCACUUGCACUCGCUUCGUCGGGAAUCGCAGCAACUUUGCUUGAAGGUGGUCGAACAGCCCAUUCAGCACUAAAAUUGCCAUUAAAUAUGCAAAGCAAUAAAACUCCAACCUGUAACGUUUCGAAGAACUCUGCAAUGGCAAAGGUUUUGCAGCAAUGUAAAUUGAUUGUUUGGGAUGAAUGCACGAUGGCACAUAAAAAAUCUUUGGAGGCUUUAGACAGAACCUUAAAAGAUCUACGGAGCAAUAAUAACCGAUUUGGUGGUGCAAUGAUUUUAUUAGCAGGAGAUUUUCGUCAAACAUUGCCAGUGAUUCCACGAUCAACGCCAGCUGAUGAACUCAAUGCAUGUCUAAAGUCUUCCAAUUUGUGGAAACAUGUCAAAGUACUUCAUUUAAGCAAGAAUAUGCGUGUCGAGUUGCAAAAUGACCAAUCUGGAAACAUAUUCUCUAAACAACUCAUUGACAUUGGUAAUGGCAAAUUACCUAUAGACAUGUUGACUGGCUGCAUUAACUUUCCUCAAAGUUUUUGUCAGUUAACUCAAUCAAAAGAUGAACUUAUUCAGAAGGUGUUUCCAGAUGUUUCUCAAAAUUACAGAAACCAUGAUUGGUUGAGCGAACGAGCUAUACUGGCUGCAAAAAACAUAGAUGUAAAUGAAUUAAAUUUCAAAAUUCAAGAACAAAUUACAGGCGAAUUGAGGAUAUAUAAAUCAGUUGAUUCGGCUACUAAUCAAGAUGAUGUAGUCAACUAUCCACCGGAAUUUUUAAACUCGCUGGAUUUGCCAGGAUUGCCACCUCACAAUCUUCAAUUAAAGGUCGGAUCGGUGGUUAUAAUGUUGCGAAAUAUCAACCAACCGCGUCUUUGCAACGGUACACGGUUAGCGAUAAAAAAAUUACUAAACAAUGUGAUAGAAGCAACUAUACUCAAAGGAAAGUAUAAAGGAGAAGAUGUUCUCAUACCGCGCAUCCCAAUGAUUCCGACUGAUGUGCCAUUUGAGUUUAAACGACUACAGUUUCCAGUGCGGCUUGCUUUUGCUAUGACUAUAAACAAGUCCCAGGGGCAAUCAUUAAGUGUUUGUGGUAUUAAUCUAGAAAACCCAUGUUUCUCACAUGGUCAAUUGUAUGUUGCUGUUCCCGUGUUGGAAAACCAUCAGAUUUGUUUAUCUAUGCGCCAGGUAAUCAAACAAAAAACAUCGUAUACCACAAAGCACUACAAUGAUAAUAAUAAUUAUUAUUUAUGAUUCACAUGAUUAACAAUAAAGCGAUUACUUACUUUUAAAUCCUUAUAUAUGUUUUAUUUAAUUAUUUUUUAUUCACAACGCCCUAUCACCAGGGUGACGGUUCUGUUCAGGAGAAUUUUUUAAAAUACGUAGGCACAAAAACUGCCACAUUACAAAUCUUUUUGACAGGACGAAGUCUGUCGGGUCAGCUAGUUGUAAAUAAAAAUACUUUUUAAAAAAGUUAAAAGUGCCUCAAAGAACAUUUGUGGCGCAACGAACAAAUUUGUACAGAAACACAAGUUUUCCUGGUAAACUUUAGUUGUUAAACUAGACGAUCCAUCGAAUCAAGGCGAGAAAAACGUAGUAUGCAGAAGACAUCACCAGUGAUCAUCUUCUUAGUCCUACCGGGAAGUCUGUCGCAUCAAUAAAAUUAUUGAGAAGUGGUUUUGGUAACCAGGACCAUUCACAAAAAUGAACUCCAAUAACAACCAAAAUCAAAUGUCUUCAUCACAACCUAUCACAACUAACCGCACAAAAUCCUAUGUUGAUGCAAUUCUAACUAAAUCUCCUCCUCCUACUUUUCUAAAUAGGGAUCAAGCCAUUAUCUUUCAUUCUAUUCCCAGC